AUGAAGUUCUACGCGUUUGUUUUACUGCUCGCCUUUUGUUACGUAGAAUGUCGAAAAGCCUACGUACCAAUAAACAAAAAUGCUAAUAUCGAUUUCAUUAACAUGGAAGGAGGUGGAGUGAAGCCUCCACAAAAUAACAAUCGCCCUGCACCUGGCCCCGCACCAGUACAGAAACCACAACCGGUACCAGGACCCCUUCCGAUGGUUCCGAGCCCUCAACAACCUUCACAAAAACCCACUGCCCCAAAUGUAGCGCCAACACCUACUCAGGCUCCACACCUCAUUACUCCCAAGCCAGUGAAUCCUACUCCAGCUUCUAAACUGAUUACAACGCCUGGGCCUGGAAGUGUUAAAUCUCUGGUCAAUUUCUACGACAGUCAAGGCAAAGCCAGCCCCAUCCGUCCAUACUCUUACAGCCAAGCUGUUAAACAGGGU